GCGCAAAUUUCGUUGUUGAAAUCAAAGUUAGUCAAAAUUACUGAAACGCUGAUUCUUUACGAUAACGAUUAUGAUACCAAGUUUUAACGGAAAGAACGCGAGAGUUAGAUCUCAACGCUCUAGUAAUUCGGUUGAAUUUCUGGUUUGAGCCUGUGUAAACGGCCCGACGUUCAAUUGUUUGGCCAUCGAGUGCACUUCCGGCCGGAGUUAGUGCUGUUGUUCGAAGCGAUCGCAUUACUCGUGAUAUCGGCUCUAAUAACUAUUGAAAUUCAAGCUGAGAAAAGAAAAACAAGCGACGAUCAGGGAUCAUCAACCGAACCCUUUGUUGGCGUUGUGCACGACGACUUCAAAAAAUCGCAGCAUCGCAAACAUCGUUUGAUAAUUAUAAUUCGCACGCAUCGCUGUUUGGGUCUCUCUGCGCAGCAGCAGCAGCAGCAGCAGCAGCAGCAGUACAACCACACACACACGUACGACGCACACUAUCUUUGUGUGUGCCUGUCAUAAUAUAAAGGCGUACUACACACACCUCGCUAUUAUGUUCGAGAGAGAGAGCAACGCGCAUAAAACUGCAGUCUAGUUCCUUCAACGUUUGGGUAAAGCAGCAGCGAACGUCGGAUCGUCGUAUAUAUACAUAACGCCAGUUACAAAUCGUGUGUUGUCGUCGUCGCGACAGCUGCGGUGGUGGCACUUUAAUCUACCUGGAGACUCCGGGCAUCGGAUAUCAAGGGCAGUCCACUGCACCAUCCAUCAUACAUUCCUCUUGAUGAGAACUCUGUCAAACUGCGUCAACGUUGUGAGACAUGUAGGACAUCCAUGGAGUGCAUGGGGAUAAGAAACUGCGUCUGAGACACGAGAUGUCAAAUCCUGCAGAUCGUCUGAAUUACCUGCAAGACAGUAGUAGUGAUACAGAGACUGAUUGUAAAGAAUCGGAUGAGCGUGAAAGAAGACGAUCUUACAAGAAUCGUUCAAGUUGUGGUGGCUCGACCAAACCGAAAUCUUGUUUGGCACAUCGGGAUGGGAACAGCAAACAUCAUAGUCGUUCGUACGAUACAAGCAGACAAAGCACAAAUUUAGCACAACACGGAAGACUCAGACCAGGCAUGGGUAUCGCCAAGAAUCAACCGAACCAGAAUCGCGAGGUCGUGAUGAACACGUCGGCGGUGACGCUGCAUCCUCCGACCACCGAAAUACUGAUCGUCGACAAUACCAGAUUCGUCGUGGACCCGUCGCUGUUCACGGCCCACCCGAACACCAUGCUCGGGCGCAUGUUCAGCUCGGGCAUGGAGUUCGCCCAGAAGAACGAGCGCGGCGAGUACGAGGUCGCCGACGGCAUGUCCGCGAUGGUGUUCCGGGCCGUGCUCGAGUACUACAAGGAGGGCGUCAUACACUGCCCGCCCACGGUCACGGUGCAGGAGCUGCGCGAGGCCUGCGACUAUCUGCUCGUGCCUUUCGAUGCCGGUACCGUGAAGUGUCAGAAUCUCAGGGGUUUGCUGCACGAGCUGUCGAACGAGGGCGCCCGAUCCCAGUUCGAGGUUUUCCUCGAGGAUCUCAUACUGCCGUUGAUGGUCAACAGUGCUCGCCGAGGCGAUCGCGAGUGUCACGUCGUCGUUCUGCUCGAGGAGGACGUCGUCGACUGGGACGAGGAGUAUCCGCCGCAAAUGGGCGAGGAGUAUUCCCAAACCGUCAAUAGCACAGCCAUGUAUCGAUUUUUCAAAUACAUCGAGAAUCGCGACGUAGCCAAGCAGGUGAUGAAGGAGCGCGGCCUGAAAAAGAUACGCCUUGGCAUCGAGGGUUACCCCACCUACAAGGAGAAGGUGAAGAAGCGCGCCGGGGGCAGGGCCGAGGUUAUCUACAACUACGUGCAGCGGCCCUUCAUACACAUGUCCUGGGAGAAGGAGGAAGCCAAGAGCCGCCACGUGGACUUUCAGUGCGUCAAGUCCAAGUCGGUGACGAAUCUCGCCGAGGCCACGGCCGAUCCGGUUCUCGACUCCUCGACGGUCGACCCCAUGAUCGCUGCGAACAUCGCCCGGCUCGAGAUCAGGGCCGCGCCGGAGGACGCCGGGCCGCGCUUCGACCCUGAGGCGCCGAUGGUGGAUGGUGCCGCUGCGUUGGCCCUCAUGAAUGCGGCGGCCGAGCCUGAGCCCGCCAACUCGGCGGACGAGCCGCAGCAGCAGCUGCAGCCCUGAGUAAUGGAGAAAGGGCUGCAACUACUCGAGCCGUUGCCUCCUCUGGAACGGCUGCAGCAGCCCCGACAGCUACAACAGCCACAACAGCAGGAGCAUCAGCCCCAGCGGCAGCAGCAGCAACAGCAGCAGCCACAAGCGGAGCUACUGACAGCUUCUGCAGCUCAGCAGCAAGAACCACCAGCGAGCGGCGGCGACAAUUAUUGGAGCGGCGCGGCGGCGUCGGCCCUCGCGAAAAAGCGAGUCUCCUGGAAAACCAAGAAGAGCAACAGCCAUCCGCUGAUGCGUACAGCCAGCAGCCACGACUGACGAGAUACUACUCCCUAUCACGACUGAAGCCCAAACUGUCUUCUUCCUUUUCGCACGCCGCCUCGCUCCUACCCUUUAUCGUCCGUCUGUUUCGCAGGGCGAUGCGAUAGUACUGUAUUUCCCAAUUGACUGAUUUCAACCUUUUACAAUGUAAACCUCUCCUCCCCCUACUAUAUCGUUAAUUUAGCAAAUAUGUAAAAGAAACAUUCAGAUGUAUAUUUUAUAAGCUUAUAUCAUAAAAAAAUCAUAUGAGACUAUUAUGCAGAAAGUAAAGCGCCGGAUGAAAAGCCUACACGUCACUACGUAGAUGCUUUAAUAAUAACUUUAGUACAUUGCGCGUGGGAGAAAUGCUGAUAAACCAAAAAAAAAAGAUAUAAAAAAACUAUAGUAUUCGCCGUACGUGUUAACUAAUGUUUCACUGCCAGUUAUAAUGAAAAAUUGUAAGAUACGUAACUUGUCUUGAAUUUUUUUUUUCGUUGGUAUUGUUGCAGUGUUAAAGUGUCGUUCUGUAAUUUUUGUUCCGCGCAAAUACGAAGGGUUUUACAAAUUCUGUAACUCGUUAUUUUUCUACGAUGUCGUUGUAUAGUAUUCAUACAGUUGAUUAAAAAAGUCGAGAUUUUAUUCAAAAAAAUUUCUCGCGAACCUUUGUGCAUUUCUUAAAUGUAUUUACCCUUCAAUAAGCUUCGUCGAAUAAAAUUAAUUGAAAGUACAAUGCGGCUUGUCAUGUAAUUGAGAAGACGUUUUUGGAAUGAAUCAAUUGUAAUUACUAAUUUUCUUCAAGUUUCAGUAUUUUUAAUGUUAUACUUGUAAUCGAUCGUUGACAAAAAAAAUAAUAAUUGAUGUGAAUUUGCUUCCAAGAAGAUUCAUCAAAUUUUUCGAUACUUUACAGUGCUCUCUAUAUCAAAUUAGAUGAAAAUUUAUCGUUAAAAAACAAAAAUAAAGUUCAAUUUUUAUAUCAAAAUAUUAAUAAGUCAGAUUGGUUGAUGAAUUUUUACAAUAUAAUCAGAUCGAUGCUUUGCAUAAAAAUAACACUGGAAAAAACCUGAAUAGACGAUGUAAAUAUGUAAUAAAUAUUUAUCUGAAUUAUGUAAAUCAAAAAGUAGAAAAGAGAUAAUUUGGACGAGAAAAAAUAAACAAAAUAACGUACCGUGGAAAUUAUAUUCUACUACCAGUUUUGUACCUUUGUAAAUAUGUAUCGGUCGCUGGGGAUCUUUUCGAACAAAAAUUCGUUAAAACAGGGCAAAGAAAACUGAAAAAGAAAAUCAAAUCUUUCUAUCGCCACGAUAAUUGUUCCAAAGUUUUUUCGUAAACUUCAAACAUUGUGAAAAACCUUCGUCCACACGAUUUUUGCUCGUCAUUGUUGAGCUGUAAUUUUUUCGAAUAAGUAAUACUAUAAACUUUGUCAAUUGUUCAUCAUCAAAAAAAAGGUGAUUUUUCGGAGAGUUACUUUUGUCUAUUCGUAUUGUUGUAACGCGAAAAAAAAAGAGAAGACAGCCGAAAAAGAUACCAAUGACCUGUAUACAUUGAAGAAAACGAAAAGUUGAAUAAUAAUAAUGAUUACAACAAUAAAAAAAAUGAGUCCACACAGAAA